AUGACUCUGUUAUGGAUCACAGUCUUCCUUCUUCAUCAAGGAUAUGGCUUUGUUCCAGUGGUCACUGUUCAGCUUGGGGAACCUGUAUCUUUUACAUGUGCUGUUAUAGAGAAAUUUCAGAGCACCACAUGGCUUCACUGGUACAAGCAAAGAAGCUCAAAGACGACAUCGAGCUACAUUGUUGUCAAGUCAGCAAUUUCAGAUCUAUCCCAUCAAGGAGACUCAGAGACUCUGCAGUGUUCAGUCCUCUCUAAGUCUGAGAAUAAUUCAUGUUCAGGAGAUCUCAGGGUGUUCUGGUUCAAAGCUGGAUCCAACGGAUUCUUUCCAAAUGUAAUCUACACUGAUGGAAAAAGAGGUGAUAAUUGUGAGGAAAGUCCUAAUUUCCAGAAGAAAUGUAGUUAUAACUUCUCCAAGAACAUCAGCUCCUCUGAUCCUGGGACUUAUUACUGCGCUGUGGCCACAUGUGGAGAAAUCUUAUUAGGAAAUGGAAUCAGAAAGGAAGGAGAUCAAACACCAAGCUAUGAAAUUAAAACUCUACUGAUCACAAAAAUCUGCUUGGCCAUUUCUGUGAUUGUAAAUAUAAUUUUCAUCUGCUACCAAACUCAAGCAUUUGCACGUAGAAUAUUUAAAGAAAGACCCUCAGAAGCAGAACACAACUUGAGCCAACUAAGAGAAGAAAUUCCUGUUGAAGGACAAGAUCUGAACUAUUCCACGUUACAUUUCUCUGGAGGGAAAACACCAAGAGGAAAGAAGAACAGGGAAUUGACGGCAGAAAUUGUGUAUUCAAGAGUCAAACAAAUGGAUGUCGACUGUAGUGCACUGUAGUGAGAAAUGUAUUCACACAAAUAAAAUGCUGUGGGGAAACAAAUUAUAAU